AUGCCAGAGAGCUUUCCUAACAUUUACUGCAAUGCCCCAUCUCAUUUUGGGGAAAAGAAAAUCCUGGAUGCUAAGCUGACACAUCCCUUUAUGCAGGUGACAGCUAGGACGGCUGUGGUUCCGCUACUGAUGUUUGGGAGUUUGUGGAGCACCGUGAGAACGUCCAAUAUGGCUGUUACUUGUAGCUCUAUGGUGAAGCUGCUCAAAAUGUGCUACAAUGUCCAACUGCACUCACACGAUGUGCUCUAUGGGUCAGGUAGUGGGCAGCAGUCAGUGACAGGUGUAACCUCCAUGAAUGAGAGCAACAGUUACUGGAGAAUAUAGGGUAAGAUCACCACAGCCAGUGAGAGGGGAACCCCCAUCAAGUGCUGCCAGCCCAUUCGGCUGACACACGUCAACACUGGCUGAAACCUCCACCUUUCUGAAAACCAGGAAGUGAGUACUUUUGGUGAGGAAGGUGAAGGUAGUCACCUGGAUGACUGGACCAUGCUCUGUAAUGGGCCCCACUGGAUGAGAGAUGGUGGGUGGUUCAAACAUUCUUCCACUGAGGAACCACUGUCUGUCACAGGAGAACAAUAUGGUGGACCCAUCAGUGGGCAAAAAGAGAUGCAUGGCCUGGCCUAGCCAAGCCAGAACAACAGCUGGAAAGCCAUGGAAGGCAUCUUCAUGAGGCCCAGUGAGUUGUUGAAGGCAGAAGGCCACCAUGCAGAGCUAGGAGUCUGGAGGCUCUGA